CAUUUCAGACGAUCCAAUCAUAAUAAUCUAAUAUAUUAAAAUAUCAAAUACUAAUGUAAUAUAAAUCGUUACAAAUAGAAGCAAAUUAACAGAAAUAAGCAUCUUGAAUCCAUUUCUGUCACUUUAUUACAAACAAAUUUACAGCAAAUCUUUUUUUAUUUCUAUAAAUAAAUCAAAGUUAUUAUUAGCAGCAGCAGCAAAUUUGAGUUGUUGAUUUAAAGUUGGAAAACAUAUAUAUAUACGACGUCGUUUUGUAUUCUCUCUAUUAAUAGAAAUGUCGAAUUCACGGAUAGGAGCGAUCGGUUCAUGGCUUCGCUACAAGAUUGUUGAUCCUUUCAUUAUAAUCCUUGGCAGGGGAGCAGAGCCUAAGCAGCUGGCAUUAUCAACUGCUCUCGGCAUUUCAUUGGGAGUGUUUCCAAUUGUAGGGGUGACAGUGUUCCUCUGUGGGCUAGCUAUAGCAGUGCUUGGGUCUUCUGUCAAUGCUCCAACGGUUAUGCUCGCUAAUUUUGUGGCCACUCCAUUAGAGUUGAGUCUGAUGGUAGUGUUCUUACGGUUUGGUGAGCUUAUUACUGGCGGAGCCCAUUUUCCUUUGACCUCUGAUGCUUUAAAGAAGGUAUUGACUGGUGAAGCUUCAAUGGAGAUCAUUUGGAGUAUCCUUCGUGCGUUGCUUGGGUGGUUGGUUUUGUCACCCUUAAUUCUGGGGGCCCUUUACUUUAUACUUUUGCCCUGCUUUGUCAUCUUGGUGCAUAAGUUCAGCAGCGGUUCAAGCCCCACAUUAGCCACACUAUCUAGCAAAGAACUAAGGCCUAAGGUUAGGAAUAUAUGAUGCGCAUACAAGCAGCAAGCAGCAACAGAAAACAGCAUUAUCCGUCUAUUUAGUAGAACCUUCUGCAAAAAUUGGUACCAAAAGUUUCUUAUAAAUAUUAUGAGGAAAAUGAUAUGUCGCUUUAGUGACAACGGUGGCGUACGAAGAAAAUUGUUGUAACCUAAGCCCGGGCAGCUGCACUUGACGUUUAACUAGUUAUAAUAUUCUCGAGUCUCAAGCUAGUAACGGUGGAAUAGUAAUGUAUCAUUGAACUUGGUGGAAUAGUAAUGUAUCAUUGAACUUGAAUGUAAUGCUUGUGCAAAUAGAAUGUUGAAUGUUCAAAACUUUUAGCUGGUUUGAUUUCA